ACAAGUUGCUUCUCUUUGACUCGUUUUUAGUACCAUGAACAUUGAAAAUUCUGCAAAUGCCUACCUGAUGCCAACGCCGACUCUGUUUUACAUCACAGCCCUAGGAAUACUGUAGGCUUCCUAAAAUUCCCAAAAACCCAUUAAGGUUUCCCUUCUGUUCUCUUCCCUUCAUUUGGACUGCUUUGUUUCUCUGAAUCAGGAAUAGAGGUUGUAGGUUUUCCUGUUUCUUUCAUCUGGGUUGCUCUGUUUUUGUGAAUCUGGAAGUGGGUCUUCUUCAUCUUCUCGAUUCAGCCCAUAAAGAGAUAUAAUCCAUGGACUGGUACUUUGGGAAUGGUAUUGAUGAUCUUGUUGUGCCCAAAGAUCAUGAAUUAUCAGACAGGUUUCCAUCUCCAGAAAGUUGGUCAAAUUGGGGAAUAAGUGCCCCAGGAAACAUAGAGUCACCAAACAAAUGCUUCAUUAUGGAUUCAAAUUUGAAUCAGGAUUUCAAUGAAGUUGAAAUGGAAUCCCAUCUCAAUGCUAAAGAUCAGUCUUGUUGUUCAAGUGUUUGCAGAGGAUUGUCUGAGGAGUCUCUUCUUAAUCAUGCACCAACAUCUCAUCAACAGAUAGAUUACCAGCUUGAUGAGUUGUCCAGAUUCCAGCAGAUGGAUGACAUAUUCUUGAAUUCUUUACUUGAGAAUCUGCCAGAGAAUGAAGAUCUUGACAAACCAUAUCUCAUUUCCCUUGAUUCUGAACAUGACAUGAUGCCAUCUGACAAUCUAUUGGAAGAUGUGGUUUCAAAUUAUCAAAGUAUUGAAAACUCAAAGCAUCUCAAUACACAUGCAUGUUCUCCAUCCCAGAGUUUGCAGAAAGAAGUUCAUGUUUUGUGCAUUAGUCCAACCAACAUGGAGAAAAAAAGUAGCCUAACAGUAAAGGUACCACUUGCCAAUAUACCUGCCCCUUCUGAGAACAGCUGCAUCAAUGGACAUCUUGCCCCAGAACCAUCUCUUGAGGAAUCUGUUUUGUGGGAACUUGAAACUGUGAUGACACAGUUGCCUGAUAAGACGCGAAUUUGCUUCCGUGAUGCCUUCUACCGCCUUGCAAAGAACUCAAAACAAAAUAUUAUGGUACACAACCAAAGCAGAAUCCUUCCCUUGGAAACUGAAUUGCCAAGCCAUGAUGCAAAAAUUAGGCCUGAAAGACAGAAUGCAGUGGAAUCAGAGACCAACACCAUCGAUAGAGCCAUUGCAAGCCUCACAUUCAACAAGAUGGAAGUUAAUGUCCGAGAUUUUCCUCCAGUGAAGUACAAUGUCACCAAGGCAACAGGAUCACUGAAGCACAGCUCAAAUUUGUCAGAGAUUCAGUAUUUUCCUCAGACAUCUAUUGUGACUAGUGAUGCUGAAGUUCCCACCUUUGUUUCAAGAUAGUCACCAAUGACAACAGAUCAACAUGAUCAAUCCAUGUUAAGAAGAGGUCGAGAAGUUUUCAGCAUUAGUACAUAAUGGAGUUGCUGGAAACACAUUAGAAUAAUGGCAUGGAAGGAAGGAUUGAAGAAAUGAAUCCUUUUCAAGCAUGAAAUCUUUCUUUUUUAAGUAGUUUCCUUUUCCCCUUGAAUGUAUAUAUACUAAUAGCUUGUUCCAUGGUUAAGUAGUUGCUGCAUCUGGUCAGCUCAGUUUUGAUCUCGUUAUCUGCUUAAGCUGAUUCAAUUGCUACAAUUGGUUUGCAUUCUUUCUUGCUGUCAUUUGGUUUUACAAGAGUCUUCUUGUAACCUAUUCCAUAAAAGCAUCCAUAUGCACUGUUAUUUUGUAGAUAAAUCUCGUGUUUUCCU